CACGACUCGUUUCUUCGUCCCAUACUAUCCUUAUCUCAUCAACGAAGCCAAAAAUCCGAUAAAUUAUGACUUGUCAGACGAAAUCAUAUUUCGAGAUUUUGAAUCAAAGCGACUCAUGAUGAUGAAGGAAUUUGUGUAA